UACGUAUGUAAGCAAUGUGGGAAAGCUUUUAACACACGUGCAAAUUGUAAGGUUCAUGAAAGAAUUCACACUGGAGAUAAACCCUAUGUAUGUAAGCAAUGUGGGAAAGCUUUUACCAGACCUGGACAUUGUAAGGAACAUGAAAGAAUUCACACUGGAGAGAAACCAUAUGUAUGUAAGCAAUGUGGAAAAGCUUUUAACACACAGACAAACUGUAAAAUACAUGAAAAAAUUCACACUGGAGAGAAACCCUAUGUAUGUAAGCAAUGUGGGAAAGCUUUUACCAGACCUCGAUUUUGUAAGGAACAUGAAAGAAUUCACACUGGAGAGAAACCCUAUGUAUGUAAGCAAUGUGGGAAAGCUUUUACCAGACCUGGAUUUUGUAAGGAACAUGAAAGAAUUCACACUGGAGAGAAACCAUAUGUAUGUAAGCAAUGUGGGAAAGAUUUUAACACAUGGGGAUACUGUAAGCAACAUGAAAGAAUUCACACUGGAGAGAAACCCUAUGUAUGUAAGCAAUGUGGGAAAGCUUUUAACACACGUGCAAAUUGUAAGGUUCAUGAAAGAAUUCACACUGGAGAGAAACCCUAUGUAUGUAAGCAAUGUGGGAAAGCUUUUACCAGACCUGAUCAUUGUAAGGAACAUGAAAGAAUUCACACUGGAGAGAAAACCUAUGUAUGUAAGCAAUGUGGGAAAGCUUUUACCAGACCUGAUCGUUGUAAGGAACAUGAAAGAAUUCACACUGGAGAGAAACUAUAUGCAUGUAAGCAAUAUGGGAAAGUUUUUAACACACGUGCACAUUGUAAGGUUCAUGAAAGAAUUCACACUGGAGAGAAACCGUAUGUAUGUAAGCAAUGUGGGAAAGCUUUUACCAGACCUGGACGUUGUAAGGAACAUGAAAGAAUUCACACUGGAGAGAAACCAUAUGUAUGUAAGCAAUGUGGGAAAGCUUUUAACACACGUGCAAAUUGUAAGGUUCAUGAAAGAAUUCACACUGGAGAG